AUGUCUCAUUCAAAUUUUGAUAAAUUGGAUAGUCUUGCAGAAAAUUCCAAAGACUGGACACUUCAAAAUGAUAUUGAUUUAAAAAAUAUACUUGAAGAAUAUUCAAAUAAUUUAAUUAAAUCGAGUGAAGGAUUAAAUGAAGGAAUAAAAAAAUUAAAUGAAAAUAUGGAGAAAAUUGAUGUUAGAUUGGGAAAUGUUUUUAAUAAUUUGAAUUAUUUAAAGAUGACAAGACUUGUUGAGGAGGUUGAUGAUAUUUCUCUAGAUACUCUUGUUCAGAAAAAUAAACAAAAUGUUAAUGAAAAGAAGAAUUUAACAAAAGAAGAAUUUGAACAACAAACAAUUCAGACAAUUUCUUCUUCAAUUAUCAAAGCUUUUCAAAAAAUUUCUGAAACAAAUAUUCCAAUUACUGAGGGUUUUUCUACUUCCGAUCCUUUAGAUCCUUGUAGCAGUUCUCAAAUAAAUUCUGAUUUUAAUAAAGAAAUUGAAAAUCCUUUUGUUAAAAUGUGCAAAUUUCCUCCAAUUAUUGGAUCAAAGGAGUCUUUUAAUUAUUCAAGAAGGGGAGUUGUUUUGAAAGAAAAUACUCAAAGUAUUACAACAAGUGUUGAAAAAAGUUCAAUUCAAAAAGUCACUUUAAAAGAUGAGGAUAUUCAGUCAACAUCUUCUGGACGUUCUAUUCCUCCUCAAGAUCCGACUGCUGGAUUUAAUCAAACAAAAACACUUCUUGAUCAAAUGGUUGCAAAAAUGGCUGAGAAAAAUAGAGCAAUGGGAAUUGAACAGGGAAAUUCUGAACAUUCUUCCCUUUCUCAAGGGUUAUCUUUGGAAAAUUCGGGUAAAACUACAAGUCCAUCUUUUUCUUCAACAAGUUAUGAAACUUCAACAAGUUCGCGGCCUGCUGAAAAAAUACAAAAGCCAGAAAAUGCUCAUUUCAUAAAAGAAAAAACUUCAGAAAAAUCUUCAAUUCAUUCUUCUAAACAAUCAACUAAUUUUAUUAAAAAUCCAAUUUCUGCAAAGGAAAGAGACGAAGAAUUAUUUUCAAGUACAGAAAGUGAUGAUUAUGGAGAUAAUACAAGCAUUUUCUCAUCAAAUACAAAAAAAUCUGUAACAAGUGGAAUAUCUAAUGAACAACAAAAAGUUCCUUCUAAUAUUGUUACUAUUCCAAAAGAUGAUCAAAACAAUGUAGUGAUUCAACAUUCCUUGAAGACAAAAGAGAUGGAAAAGACUUCAAAACCUUCAAAUAAUCGAUUAAAUUCUUUCAAACAAAAUCAACAAUUGACGGAACAAUCAUUUACUUCCUCAAUUCAAAAUGAUAAAAAAGAGUCCAAAACUGAUGAAUUUAGUUCUGUUUCUGUUAAAGGUUUAAUAGCUCAAAUUGGUAAUAAAAUUCCAAUUGGCCGUCCUGAUGAGAAAAAUACAAAGGAAACAAAUCAGAAAGAAAAAGAAGAAAAAACGGAACAAGAGGAAAAUGCAGAGAUUUCAAAUGAACAUUUAAAUAUAUUAAAGGGAAGAGUUAAAGGUCCAGCGUCAAGAAGAGCCCCUUCACAUUUAAAUAUAAAAUUACAAAAAAAUAAUUCGGAUGAAAAUGCUAAAUUAAAUGAGGCAUUUAAUAAAUCUAAAGAAAAUGAAAUAAAAGAAUUGGAAAAUAAGAAAGAAGGACAUAAAACUAUAAAAGAGACAGAAGGUUUGGAAAAAGAAGUUGUAAAACCUAUAGAAGUAACUAAAGUUUUAAAAGAAGACAUAAAAAUUAUAAAAGAAAAUUCAAAAGAAGUUCCAAAACAAUUAAAAGAACAACCAAAACAAUUAUUAGAAAAUACCCACCAAAAAUCAACUGCAAUAUUUAAUAAUCCCAAACCAAUAAAGAAAGGUCUUUCAAUUUUCUCUUCGAGUAGUGACGAUGAUUUUGAUUUAAAUAUUAAUAAAAAAAUUGUAAAAGAAAAAGUUGUAGAACAGCCAAAACAAUUUAAACAAAAAAUUGAAAAUAUUGGAGAAAUAAAACAACAAAAUGUAGAAAAGUUAAAAUCAAAACAGGAUGUACCAAAACAAAGAAAAGGCCUUUUUGAUGAUUCUGAUUCCGAUUUUUAA